CGGAUCCUCGCGGGGAGAAAAGAGUGCGCAUGCGCUUUGGUGUCCUUAAAAUAUGUUUUUCCAGGCAAGCGUUUCUGUCUGCGGUGUUAUUAAAAGGUCUUUUCAGCAGAUCCGGUUCGGAGUAGUAAACGGUGUCACUGGACCAGGUCUGGUCCCAGUUCUUUGUUGCCGGUUUGCCGUUUUCCUUUGCUCUCCUCCGGCUCCUUUCCCCGCAGACUUCCGGUCCGAGCGGCGGUUCUCCAGAAACGGACCGAUGCCCAGGAAGGUGAAGGGGCAGUCGUUGGUGGCGGCUUCAGGCGGAGCGGCUCAGACGCCUGUUUCUGGUCCAGUGACUCGGGAUAAAAGUGGAGCAGUGACCAUAACGGUGCACGCCAAGCCCGGCUCCAAGCUCAGCAGCAUCACAGGUGUCUCUGCAGAGACGGUGGACGUGUCCAUCGCAGCGCCACCUGCGGACGGAGAGGCAAACGCUGAGCUCAUCCGGUACCUGGCAGAAGUUCUGGACCUGAAGAAAAGCCACGUCUCACUUGAUAAGGGCUCCAGAUCCAGAGACAAACUUAUCAGAGUGGACUCGUCUCUGAGUCCAGAGGAGGUUCUGAGGAGGCUCCGACAGGCUGCGGGCUGACCAAGGAGUACGCUGGGCAUUAGAGGAUGACUCCAGCUCGGAGCGCUGCACGAGGUUCUGGAGCGGCUGCAGACGAAGAGGAUCAACCCCU